CUCUCACUUAAUUUUCCAUUGAUUUUUAGAAGUUGGGUCGAAUUUUUUUAUUUUAUUUUUAAUUAAUUUCCUUUUUUUUUUAAUUUUACUAUUUUGAAAGUUUUUACACAAAAACAAUUAAUAUAUAAGAUUAUUUAUUCAGAAUUUGUGAUUUCUUCUCCAACAGUAUCUUUUUCCAGGAUUUAACCUUGCGAUGUUGGUUUAUGAUUUAUAAAUGAAUGUAAGCCUCUAAGGAGGAGACUGCAAACUUGAUCAACCUCUUCUCCCACUUUUAACUAUUCCAAGGAAAGCUUAAAUCGAUAUUCUGGGAAAUGGGGUCUUCAGAUAAACAACAUCUUCAGCCUCAGGAGUCCUUUGGAUGGGCAGCUAGAGACUCAUCUGGAGUUCUCUCUCCUUUCAAAUUCUCAAGAAGGGCAACAGGAGACAAAGAUGUAAAGAUUAAAGUUCUGUACUGCGGCAUCUGCCAUAGUGACCUGCAUAGUAUCAAGAACGAUUGGGGAAUAUCCAUCUACCCUCUCUUGCCUGGUCAUGAGAUUGUGGGCAUAGCAACAGAGGUGGGAUCCAAUGUCGAGAAAUUCAAAGUAGGAGAUAAAGUAGGGGUGGGGUGCAUGGUUGGAUCUUGCGGCUCUUGCGAUGACUGCACAAACAAUCUUGAGAAUUACUGCCCAAAAAUCAUACCAACUUACAAUGGUAUAGACGACGAUGGAGCCAUUACUUACGGAGGAUACUCAGAAUUUAUCAUCGUCGACCAACACUUUGUCAUCAGAUACCCUGAAAGCUUGCCUCUUGAUGCUGGUGCACCCCUUCUGUGUGCUGGUAUUACAGUUUAUAGCCCCUUAAAAUACUACGGCCUUGAUAAACCUGGUAUGAAGUUAGGCGUGGUUGGACUUGGUGGCCUUGGCCAUAUGGCAGUCAAAUUUGCUAAAGCUAUGGGGCUCAAAGUGACUGUGAUUAGUACAUCACCAAAUAAAAAGAAGGAGGCUACUCAACAUCUUGGUGCUGACUCGUUUUUGCUUAGCAAUGAUAAGAAUGAAAUGAAGGCUGCAAUGGGCACAUUGGAUGGUGUUAUUGACACAGUCUCAGUAUUUCAUGCUGUGUUGCCUAUAAUUGGUUUAUUGAAAUCCCAUGGGAAACUUGUUCUUUUGGGCUUGCCUGACAAGCCUCUCGAGCUGCCAGUUUUCCCUUUGCUCCUAGGGAGGAAGACGGUGGCUGGUAGUGUUAUAGGAGGAAUAAAGGAGACGCAAGAGAUGAUUAAUUUAGCUGCAAAGCACAACAUAACUGCAGAUGUAGAAGUUAUCCCAAUUGACUAUGUGAACAAAGCAAUGGAGCGACUUGCCCGUGCCGAUGUUAAAUAUCGAUUUGUCAUUGAUAUUGCAAACACCUUAGCUGCUGGUGUAUGAUCUUUAUUAGAAUUAAAUUUUUUUUUUUUCCUAAUCUCUGAGCAUGAAUUGAUGGAUCAAACUUAAAAACACUGUUUUCAUUUUGAGAAAAUAUAUUGAAAUAAAGUCCACUUUUUAUUUUGUC